AUGGUUCGUGGCCUUAGUUUUCGACACUUGUAUCGAGUCGUUUUCUUUUCCUUCUGUCUGAUUUUCGCCUUUUUUUAUCAUGGUGGUGGUUCAGAGUAUGACAGGCGAAAAGAUAAAACAGAACCGAACAAAUUAAAAGAUCAAUUCAAAGGUAAACCCUGCAUGAAUGUUGACAUUUCUCUCUAAAAACGAACGCGUCUCUAACUUGAAAGAAAUUGCGAAACAAAUUGAUGGCCGCAAGUCGCGGAAGAAAACCAAGAAAACUGAUCGUUCAAAGAUGCUUGGAAAAAAUAAAUUUUGAAAAAUUAGCACUUCAGAAGGAAUAAUUGUUAACCAUAAUUUAUUUUUAGGAACUGUGAUGAAAACACUCCGAAGUGAAAGAAUACAAAAGAGCCCAGUACUACCUUAUUCAACUUCAUCGCCGUCUGAGGUGAACGUUCCACGCAAAGAAUCGACAAUCAUCUCCCAUUCAAAUGAAACAGAAUGGCAAAACGAUGGCACUAAAAAUAUAUCUUCACUGGAAAAUCAAAUUUUUCACCAGAAUGACUUGAGAGAAACAGCCAAAAGAGAAACGUUCGCUUCACUCACAACUCGACAUCUCCGGAACAGACGUGAAAUUGAUGCGAUCUUGGAAAGACCGACCGAAUGCGCCAAUUUUACCUUUACUAUAAAGUACGAAGACAACUACAGAGUAUGGAACAACUUUUCAAUGAUGUACCAAAGCCGAAUGUACCGCUAUAACGAGUACAGAAUAACGGACAAUGGUCUACAAGUUUGUAAUUCUUCUGACCACUUUAUUAAACAAAGAUGGCGGGAUUUGAUUGCUCGGGAAAAGGAAGUGUUGGCUUCCAAAUAUUGUAAUGUAUCCGCGGACGCGUUUUACUACUCCAAUUACACAUUAUACAGAAAUUUUACUGUUUUCUUCAAGCCUACAGAGCAGAGUUUCACAAGGCAAGAUUACGGAGUGACUUUUGGAUAUUUUUCAAUUUGUUCGGCAAAGCUUAGUCUGUCCUGCAAUGAUUAUUUGUUUAAAGUGAAAUACGGCGAUCAGUACAACGUUUUGCAAAACUUUUCGCUGUUUUACAACAGCAAGAUGUACGAUUAUCGUGAAUAUCAAUUCGGAAACGAAGGUCUUGAAAUGUGUGCUGCCAAUGACUCAAGAAUACGGGCCAUUUGGAGAACACGAAAUUCGUGGAAAAAGCUUAAAGACCAGUACACAUGCCGCGGAUCUGUUGAUAAAUAA